AUGUUUGUCUCCAUUGUUGGAGGUGCUGUGGAAAGCGCACUUAAGGAUAGCAUAUUCUCUUUAUCACCCGAGGCAGUUAAAAGUUCUGAAAUUUCUUGCGUGACUUCCGGCCCCUUGGUUGUUACAGGAGUUGUUUCUGUGCUUUCUUCCCUCUCAUGGGAGGUUGGAAGGGGCGUAGAGCCUCUGUUUAUAUUCUUUGUUGUUGGGAGUAACGUGGAAAGUGAACUGGGAGAUGACGUACGCUCUUUCUCACUCGGGCGUGUUGGACGCUCAGAAGUCUUUUGUGUGGUCUCUGCUUUCCCGGUUGUUGCAGAAGUCUUGGUGCUUUCCUGCUCCGUCAUUGAAACGGGCUCAAAGGAUAUGUGUGUCUCCAUCGUUGGAGAUGCUUUGGAGAGUGCACUUGAGGACAGCGUAGCCUUUCUAUCACCCAAGACAGUUGGACUCUCAGAAGUCUUUUGCGUGGUCUCCAAUUUUCCGGUUGUUGCAGAAGUCUUCGUGCUUUCAUCCUGCUUCAUCAUUGAGACGGGCUCAAGGGAUUGUGUCUCCAUUGUUGAAGAUGCUGUGGAAAGUGUACUUGUGGAGAGCGUACCCACUCUAUCACCCGAGGCAGUUGGAAGUUCCGAAUCUUGCGUGACGUCCUGCCCUUUAGUUGUUGCAGAAGUUUCUGUGCUUUUUUGCUGCUCACGGGUGGUUGAAAAUGGCAUAGAUCCUCUUUGUGUGGUCUCCGUUGUUGGAGAUAACGUAGGAAGCUCAUUGGGAGAUGACCUGCGCUCUUCGUCACUCGGGGCCCGUGUUGAACUUUCAGAAGUCUCUUGCGUGGACCCCGAUUCUCCGGCUAAUGUGGUAGUCUUCCUAUCCCUUUCUUGCCGAGCGGUUGAAGUGAGCCCUGUGUCAGUGCUCAUUUCCAUUUUCGGAGAUGGUGUGGGAAGUGGAUUCGGAGAUGGUAAGCGCUCUUUCUCCUUUGAAGUCAUUGUUAAAUGUUCUGAAGUCUCUGUGGUCUCAGACAAUGUAGGAAUACUUGUACCUUUUUCCCUCUCAGUGAUGGGAUUAGACGUGCUGUGUGUGCUCUCUGUUGUUGUAGAUGAUGUGGCAAAUGCAAUUGGAGAAGUGCGCUCCUCACUUGAGGCCGUUGGACCUGCUGUAGUCUCUUGCGUGAUCUUUGACGAUGUGGAAGUAUCUGUGCCUUUUUCCUCCUCAGUGGUUAAAAUGGGCUCAAACGUGCUGUGCGUGCUUUCUAUAGUUGUAGAUGAUGUGGGAAAUGCACUUGGAGGCAUAGGUCUUUUGUCACUUGAGGCUAAUGUUGGAAGUGAUGUGGGCAAUGCACUUGGAGGCAUAGGUUUUUUGUCACUUAAGGCUAAUGUUGGACGUACUGAAGCGUUUUGCGUGGUCUCCGCUUCAGCGGUUGUUGCAGAAGUUCUGGAGCCUUCUUCGUGUUUGGUGGUUGAGAUGGGCUCAAAGGAGCUGUGUGAGCUCUCCGUUGUUGAAGAUGAUGUGGGAAAUGAAUUUGAAGUUAGCAUUGCUUUCUCACUCGAUGCUAGUACUGGACGUUCGGGGGAUCUCUGA